CCCUCGUGUCCGGCGCCCUCGCUCUGCUCCGCCCGGGCCGGGCGGGCCGGUCCUUCCGCCGCGGUCGGUGUCCCCGAGCUCGCCCCGGGCCCUCCUGCUCCUGCUCCCGCUCCAGCUCCUGCCUCCUGCCUCCGCCCGCUGCCGGGGCCAUGUCCGCCGCCGCCCCGCCCUGAGCCCCGCACCGGCCCCGCACCGGCCCCGCGGCCCCUCCGCCAUGUGGGGCCGCUUCCUGCCCCUGGAGCCCGGCGGCCGGGACGGCCCCGGACCGCUCCGCAGCCUCCGCGCAGAUCCUGAGUAUGCUUCAACGCCAUGGUGCCCUGACACGGAGACUCUGUGGCAGCCCCCUCCGGUCCCACCCGUGGCCCGCAACGGCCACGCCAGAAGGCACAGCACGGCCUCCGACAGCGGGGACACUGGAAUCGAGACCUCCUGCUCCGACAGCUUGGAAGAUCACUCGACGUCCAGCGGCCCGUCCUCGUUCAAGCCCAGCCGCUCCGUGGUCAGCCUGCCCACCGCCCAUGUAAUGCCGUCCAGCUCUGACUCGUCCGUCUCCAAGCCCGGGGAGGCCCCGUCAGGCGACGGGUCCAGGUGGAGCAGCGCGAGCCUCCUGCGGUUGCCGGGGAGCCGGAGCCGCGGGGACUGGGGAGAGUCGGCAUCGCUGGACAUGAAGGACCUGCGGCCCACGCGCAAAUGGUCCUCCCUGUCCAGGCUGAGCAUCCCCGAUACCUGCAGCUCGGACGGGAGCGUGCGGUCGGAGGACUCCCGGGUGAGCCUGGGCAAGCCGGGGAGGACCCGGGCGUCCACCCCGCCUGACCCUCGGACCCUCGGGCCCGCCGGCCUGCACCACAGCGUGGAGCUGCUCAAGCUGGACGACAGGGACAGGGACGUGAGCCAAAGGCGCUGCUCCACCCUGGACCGCAAGUACAAAUUUGACAGCUGCAGUCAGGAGGCCUUUGGGAUCUCUCCGGCCACCCAGAGGAGACACCUCGUAGACAUGUCUUACAGUGCCUUACCUGAAAGCAAGCCCCCGGCCUUGGGCCCCGAGACGUACGACCACAGGUACUUCCUGCCGGGGCAACAGGCCGGGGGACCCACGCAUUCGUCCGUGAGGACUCAGCUGUGGCUCAGCGAGCAGUUGAACGCCAACCCUCCGGCCCGUAGGUCCGUAGAAGACUCCUAUAGACUGGCCGCCUGGCAACAGCCACAGCAGCAGCAGCUGGAUGAGCUCAGGUUAGGAAGAGAGUCUCCACUGCAGGCUUUUACCGGCUCAUCUCUCCAGGCUCAUCCCGCUUCUGGCUACCAAGACUUCAGUAACUGGGAAUCCCUGCUAAAAAUCAAAGAAGGACUGCUCAAGCAAAAGGAACUGGUCAUUGAUCGGCAGAAACAACAAAUAACCAGCCUUCAUCAGAAGAUCAGGGAGAACGAGCUGCGAGCCCAGCAUGCCAUGCUGAGCCACUUUGGGAAUUGCGAAGACUCAUUUGUGGCUACUUUGCAGACCCAGUUUGAGAACCCUUCUCUCCAAGCUCCAUUUCCAGACCGGACAAUGGCCCGGGUCACCCAAGAAGACAUUGAAAGGAAGCUUGCAGCAGCACAAAAGGAGAUCAUACAGCUCAAUGAAUUUCUCCAACAAAAUGCAAGCAAAUCUGGGGAAGAGAAGAAAAAGCUAGAGGAGAAACUUAAAACUCGAGACAGGUACAUCAGUAGCCUAAAAAAGAAAUGUCAGAAGGAAUCGGAGCAGAACAAAGAGAAACAGAGGCGAAUCGAGACUCUGGAAAAGUACUUGGCCGACUUGCCCACCCUGGAUGACAUGCAGAGUCAGACUCAGCAGCUUCAGAUCCUCGAAGAGCGGAACACGGCGUUGCAAGAGACCAUUGCUGAUGUGGAGAAGAAGCUCAGUGAGACCAGAACGCAGUGUCGGGAGAAAGAAGUCCAGCUGGUGUGCCAGAAGAAGAAAGAAAAGGAGCUCGUCACCACAGUGCAGAGCCUGCAGCAGAAAGUGGAGCAAUGCCUGGAGGACGGAGUCCGCCUCCCCAUGUUGGACACCAAGCAGCUUCAGCGGGAAAAUGAUUGCCUCCGAGAGCAGGAGGAGAAAGCCAGCCAGGUCAUAGACAAUCAGCAAAAUCAGAUUGAAGUGAUGAGUUUAGAAAUUCAGGCACUGCAGGAGAAACUUGCUCAAGAGAAACUAGAAACUCAAAGAUUGACCCAAAUGCUGGAAGAGAAAGAGAAGAGCCUACAGAAGUUCUCUCAAACUUGGCUUGAGAUGCAGAACCAGAGGCCGCCAGAAGAGCAACCCCCACGGCUGGCACCGGGGCAGGCGGCCGAACGACCCUGGCAGCUGAGAGCCGAGCUGAAGGUGGUCGACCAGUUGUUCAAGGAAAUGUCCCACUGCCUGCUGGACCUGAAGGCCCUAUGCAGCGUCCUCAAUGAGAGAGCCCAGGGCACCGAGCCCAACCUGUCCCUGCUGCUGGGGAUACGAUCGAUGAAUAGCUCAGCAGAGGAGCCCGCCGAGGAGCCCCGCAUGCCUGAAGCUCUCGCUAAGAAACUGUCGGCCAUGUGUCAGUUGCGCAAGGACAUUGACGAACUAAGGACGGUGAUAUCUGACCGCUACGCUCAGGACAUGGGAGACAACUGCAUUGCCCAAUGAUAAAGUCUUCAUCUCACAGUAAGAACGAUUCGCUGUUACAUGCUGCGGGGCCCCCGGCCUCCCGGGUCUUCCGGUCAGAGAAGCCAGACCGGAAAUGUCACGAUGGGCCGUUUCUGGUUUCUGGCGGUCUGGUGAAGGGGGAAUGGAUUUCACCGGGCGCCCCCCCCUCCAAAAAAAUAAAGGAGGCAAGAGCAGGGCCCAAUCUGAAAGAAGAUGAUUGGUUUUCUCCACUGCCGGUGGCAGGGCCGAGCCGUGAACCGUCCUCGAGGAUACCUGAGCUUUGAGAGGACGAGCGGCAAGAUUAAAUGCGUCCGGAGGCAAGGCCCCAUCCCAGUGCAAGGCGGCUGGUGCCUUCCGUCCUUCACUUAGGAGCUUGGACUGCACUUUGGAGGCUCUCCCCCGGGCGGGUGGGAGACCGAGGUCAGGCUGCGGCAGGCCGCUGGCCAACUGAUUCACUGGGUCAGGUGGGCUACCCAGAGAUCAUGGGACAGCAGUGCCUAUGCGAACCAGGUUCCUGGAGCCGGGGACAGUCGGCGGGGAAAAGAGGGACAGGGAAGGCGCGUCUCUUCCUGGUCAUCGCUGUUUCUCUCCAGCGCCGUUAUCCAGGGCAUCGGACCAGGAAUGGGAUUCCUCACCGUCACGGGAAGAGUUUGCAAAGCACAGGGUUGCUAUUCAUUUUAACUUCUCCCCUGUACAACAGGCACCCCUUUAAAGUAAUUGUAAGGUCGCAUCAAUGUUUUCAUCAAACCCACCGAAGGCAGGAAUGGAGCUAGCGGAAGAGUGGCUUUUUAAAAAAACCAUUACCCAGUGCCUGCGUCAUUUUCCUGUUUAGGAGGAUUUUGACCUAGGAGUGUUUGCCGGGAGGCCCGCCAGCCCGGUCCUCUUCUCGGGGUCGAAUGUCAGGUCCGGCAUCGUGGCUGAUGUGCCGAGGCAUAUCUCUCCAAAAAAGGACCCUACAACAAGUUUCAGGUGGCAGCAGCCCUGGAUGAGCUUGGUCUCAUCCCAGAGAUGGCCACCUGGCAGCGUCUUGACCCCUCAGGCCCCUUCUCCCCUGAAAGCGGCUAACUGCGGGGAGGCCGAAGGCUCGAUUGGGCCGCGGAGGCCGCUUCCCUGCCGGGCUGUAACUCUUGCUGGGUACGCGCUCCAGGACCCCAUGGUAUAAUGUAGCCACCCUCCCUCGCCCAAUCACAUAGCUGGCAGGCAGUGCCUGGGACCCCGAGGGAAAGGCUCUUUGGGAGGAUGGGUCGCUGGAGGUGGCGUGGGGGCCACCAGAGUUGCCACGGCAUCCGCCUGGGUCAAGUAGCAGGAACCAACCCUGAGCCUCCGCGUGGCCGAGGGGCUGGAACCCAAUAGAAAGCAGCUGUUUGCACGAGCCGCACCUCUCGCCGGGGUGACUGGUUCCCGAGGGACAAGAAGUUGUUCCUCACCCACAGCGGAGAAGACAGGGGAGAGUUCUCGGGAACACCAAAAGGAGAAAUUCAACCCGGAAAUGGUUGUUCUGGGCCUGCAGGCUUCAGAUCGGACCAUCGGCUCAGAGCCGACCGGCCGGAGAGUCGCUCCACAUGACUCUCGGCCGGGGCUGAGCAGACACGGCCGGGAUUUGCUUUACAAAAUGAUUCAUAUUUCAGUGGCUCCUCUGCUCUCCGGAGUUUUAAACAACUCCCAACAGCGGAGGCCAGUUCUCGGCUCCUCCGUUGCCCAGCCCAGACGAGAUGGACCUCAGUUGUUUGGGCCGGAUCAUAAAUUGCGGAGAGGGUUUACUCUUUGAGAAAUGGCUUUCUGAGGUGCAGGAAGCAUUGACCGGCCCCAGUGGGCUCCUGUUGGUUCCUAGCCUUGAAUAUCAACCACCAUGGAGAAUGGCAUGGACCGGAGCUUGGAGAGAAGCCCCACUUUGUGGGGUCCUCACAGCCUGGCCUCGAAGUGGAAAUUCAAGAGGAUCUCGGUAACCUGACGGCGACAAAGUUAAAGGAUGGAUGGGGGGUGGAGGUGGAGGUCACUAGGCCGACUUACAUUGGCUGCCAGCCGGGGAAAUGCCAGCAGGCAGUCCGACACACCGUGGUGUGGUAGGGAGAUCUAAGAUCACCGGUCAUCACCUCAGGACUGGCACGGGCAAUGCACCAAAAACCUCCAUCUCCCUGCGCCGGCAAGCUGGAGGGCCCAGAGGCCCGGAAUCAGGCGGGACCGGAUUUCAAUCCCAGCUUGACGGAUAACCAGCUAGCUCUAGGAACUUCGUAGAAGCCUGAACGAACACAGAUACUUGAAAGGAAAUCUCCUCCGAGGUUUCUCCUGCCAUAAGAAGCCCACGUCAACGACAAGCCUCUAUCUGGUCGGGCGGCGGGGUCAUUUGCAUUUGAAUUUAACAGUAUUAAAUGUGGGUCGUCUCAUCUCUGCCUUGGGAGCGGGAGAAAAUUCCCUCCCCUCCCAAGCCCCCUGCUCCCCAUAGUGUUAAACAGGGCAGACCGCAGAGGCCCAGUGCUCAUCCAUGUGUCGGGGUGUAGAAAUGGGGAUCAUCCUUGUGAAAGAAAGAUUAGGCGACGGCGAUCAAAUUCGCAGACGAUGGGACCCAAAAAAAUAGGCCUGGCGGUUUCCCUGUGACGGUGAUGUGGGCAGCGGCACUGGGCACUGCUGAUGAGGUCGGUUCACGAAUGUCAGUAUUGAGAGGGUUUAGUAAACAGAUUUAGUCUCCACUACUUUUAACGUUAACUGUUACAGACAAUCUCAAGGCCCAAGCAAAGGUCACUGAAGAAUAAACACUGUACAGACUGGACUCAGGCAAGGGCUCAGACAUUAAUCGCUGAAGUAGCUCCGAGCUGCCGGCAGAAAUGCUAACAAGGACAAUUUCCCAGGAUGCAGCCGCUGAAAAGUGGGCCUGGGGUCUCAGCAGUUGUCAGCCGAGCUAGCCGGGCGGGUCGGCGGCCGGGAGGGCCCCGCGGGGGCGGCUGGCCCAGGGGAAUCGCGGGAGCGACUGGCCUUGGGGAAAUCGUGGGAGCGGCUGGCCCUGGGGAAUCGCGGGAGCGACUGGCCCUGGGGACUCGUGGGAGCGGCUGGCCCAGGGGGACCAUGGGAGCGGCUGGCAUGGGGGAAUGUUCAGGUAGGAUUCUCAGCCUCUGGUCUUCCCACGCAGCCGAUUUGGGGAAUGAGCGAUUCUCCGGCGCCUGCCCCCAAGGCCUCGUCGACAGAUGUCAUUCACUGUCUUUCGCCAGCCUGUUCCCGUCUUCCCAGGGCCAUACUGGAACCGCCUCUCUGUUUGCUCAACACGGGAAGUUUUCCUUGAGGGAUAAAUAGAUCUUGAAAGACUGAUUACCCUUUUUUAAUAGAAAAGAAAAAUCCCCGUGAAUAUGAGGCAAGAUUGCCAUGUAUUUCUGACUCGAUCAGAUCGCAGAGGCAUUCCAUCACCACCCCACAGUCUCUGGCCGGCGACACCCGCCCCUCUCGGUGUCUCAGCGACUCCCAGAAAGCCCACGAUCCAUGCACCUUUUUUUUCCCCAGAGGCGUGACAGGCGAUGCCUCUCACCCGACCGAAAUAUAUUAAUAUUAAUUUUAACCUGCAGUAGGGCCAGAGGCCGGGGUGCCAGGCUUCGAGGGGGCAAGGGGCCUGCCUCCUGCCCCGGCAGCCACAAGAACCCGCGCCCAAGCUGAUCCAUUUGGGUGUGUUUGCAUCCAGCCAUGUCGGUGGGGUCAGGUGGGGUUGGCAGGCCCAGCUCGAAGGCCCCACCGUGGGCACGGCAGUCCCUGGAGGCCAGGCCGGUCCGGGCAGAUUGGUCGUUAGUGUAGCUGGGUUCGGUCUUUGGACCGUUCAGAAUACCUCAUGUGUAAAUAGUGUCGUUCCACCGUCGUCGGACCGCAGCCCGGGUAAAUAGCAAGCAAGCCGCUGGGUGGCUCUGCCCUGGGAGGCUGCUGUUCUGCCUCUUUUUGUAAAGGGUUUUGUGUUUUACCAGGGUUUACAGCUAGAAUUUUGAAUGCCAAAGUUCUAUUUAUUAAAGAGAAAGUUUUCCACGUUCCUAUGACUAGUAUUUUUCCACUGGAAAAUGGUUUGUUGAUGUUUGGAUUUGUAUUUACAGAGAAAUAAAUUUUUUUAUAAAAG